UGAUGAUUUAAAAAACAAAAGAUCUUGCUGUUGACCAUAAAUAAAUAUACUAUUUAUUAUUUAGUUAAAUACUAUCUUAGUAGAACAUCAGACAAAGUCUACUCUACUCUGUAUUUAACUAAAUAUUUAAACGGGGCCACGGUCCGGCUGCCAUAAAUAGUUAAAUAAAUAAAUAAAUAAAUAAAUACUGCUCGCUCCCCGACCCCAACAUUCCUCCUCCUCGCUCUUCUCCCCGCGCUCAACACACUCACUCUCUCUGGUUACAAGAUGCUCAAUUAAAAGGCUCAAUACAUGCCACAGUCACGCAAUGAACAGAUAGAUAAUAAACAACAAUCCCGUCUACUCUGUUUGUAUCCUUUGAAUAUCAACAAUCCUCAGUAAUCACAUGCCACAACCCCCUCAUCAUUGCUGCAAACCCUCGGUCCCGACCCGACCCUCUCUCUACAGUUUACCAUUUCACAGCUAUGUCUACAUCAUCUGUGCCUGCCCCUGGACAAUGGCCAGUAGACCCUCAAGAAGAUGUUCCCAUCAGUAAAGACCGUAUCUGGAUCGAUGGUUGCUUCGACUUUAGCCAUCACGGCCACGCGGGAGCGAUGCUUCAGGCUCGCAGGCUCGGAAAGGAGCUGCUUGUGGGUGUACAUUCCGACGAGGAGAUUCUGGAAAACAAGGGGCCUACGGUCAUGACACUCUCCGAACGAGUAUCCGCAGUUGACGCAUGUCGUUGGGCAUCAAAGUCAAUUCCUCAUGCGCCAUAUGUCACGCAGCUACCGUGGAUCUCCCACUAUGGCUGUUACUAUGUUGUCCAUGGAGAUGAUAUCACUUCCGAUAGUAAUGGGGAUGACUGCUACAGAUUUGUCAAAGCUGCUGGGCGUUUUCUGGUCGUGAAACGUACCCCCGGCAUUUCUACAACGGAUCUGGUCGGCAGGAUGCUUCUUUGCACACGCACCCAUUUUAUCAAGUCUUUCCCUGCAUUCCUGAGGGGGGAGGAGGGCUCGGGGAGCGAUGAGGAGCGGAAGCAAGUUGCCAGUGAAUCUCUCCAGAGAAUUAAAGACUAUGCAACUGAUGAAACUGGCUUAAACCCGGGACCCGAUGUGUGGACCUGGGAAGCCUCGGCCUCCGCAAAACUCCAGCAUACUAGCACGGAACAAGGUAGUUUCCAGCACCUCGUUGAUGGCAAGGGACCAAAACCAGGCCAGCGGAUCGCCUACGUUGAUGGCGGUUUUGAUUUAUUUUCUUCCGGCCAUAUCGAAUUUCUUCGCCGUGUCCUCGCGAUUGAAGCUGAGGACGCAACUCGUCGUGGCUGGUACCUUCCAGAGAACGUUGACAACAGAGUAAAGGAAUAUGGAGAAGAUUACGGUCCAGCCUAUAUUGUGGCCGGCGUCCAUGACGACGAAGUCAUCAAUCACUGGAAGGGCCUGAAUUACCCGAUCAUGAAUAUUUUUGAGCGCGGACUUUGCGUUCUCCAGUGUCGUUACGUCCACGCCGUUAUAUUCUGCGCUCCAUUUACGCCUAACAUUGAAUAUCUCAAAGCUCUACCAUUUGGCAUGUCUGAUGCGGUCUACCACGGUCCCACAACAUUUAUACCCCUCACAUAUGAUCCAUACAUUGCUCCAUCAAAACUAGGAAUUUUCAGACAAGUAGAUUCUCACCCCUUCGAGCAUGUGAACGCUGGCGAGAUUGUGCAGCGGAUCUUGAAGAGCCGGGAGGCAUUUGAGGAGAGACAGCGAACUAAGCUACUGAAGGCGGCCAGUGAAGCGGAAUUCAAGGCCAAGGAAGAGCUUGAGAAGCAACAGCAACAACAGCAACAGCAGCAGCGGAAAUAGCAGCAACAACAGCAACAGCAGCAGCGGAAAUAGCAGCAACAGCAGCAACAGCAGCAGCAGCGGGAAUAGGGGUAAAUCGAUGGAUGCCGGAAACUAGCCCGAAUAGGAAAGGGUGCGUCCUCCAGAAACUGAAUGCAAGGGGCAAGCAUUCUGCCGCUGUUCCGUCGAUCGCCCAAAACUACUGGGAAGAUUGUUCUCUCUGGCAACAAACGCAAUAGAUUUUAUCGCCACGGAAACAACGAAAAUGUCUUGAAUGAUAUUAAUUUUGUAGAAAGACGAGAAUUUAAAUAAUUCAUGAUAUAAGAAUCUACAUGAUAUCUCGAUACUGAUUAGUAUUUAUAUAACACCAUUUUACCUUUUUGAGGGUGAAAAAAACGGAAAGGAUAAAAGCACAUGGGCAGCGAUAGGUGAUAGAAGUUGGGAGAGAGCACCAUAGACAAGUUCUGGCGUAGGAAACUGAUGCAAUAACAUAAGAAUAUAAGUCAAAGCAUUUCGUUAAUUUUCUUUCUUUUUUCCCCUUAAUCAAUUGUGAAUUCCACCAUCGAUGAGGUCAGGUCAUAUAUUCGCAAUCAUCUUCCUAGCCAGUUGGCAGAUUUCUUCUCUCUGCUUCCGUUUGCCGUCUCGCGAUUUCUACAAGGAAAAGAAAAAAGAAUUAAUUCAUUGGCUAUAAUGUCCGGCUUCGCCAAGCGCAGAAAGAAGUGUAAAACAUAAAAGCUGAGGAUGGAAUAUAGUAUACCUUUUCCUGAGCGGUAACCUGUUUCCUCAUCUCCCCUGCCAGGCAGGCGAUAUCAUCCCUACAUUUCUGCACAUCUGCCAACAUCUUUAGCUCUACGGAUUCCUGCUUCUCGAACGCAUCAGCCGCGCUGGCGAGUCUCUUCUUAAAUGCCCCCGAACCCAUGGCCUCUCUCGUAGGUCGUGGGAGAGCCACGGAUUCAGGGCCGAGUAUCUCAACCGCCAAGCAGGCAAUUUUCUGCUGGGUUUUGGCCCAUGCCUUCCAGUGGCCCUUCAGAGCCUUUUCGGUAGGGCUGAGUAUAUUGCAAACGUCGGCGAGAUGGAUUUUAUCCUUGCUUUUAGCUAGGGAAGCUGCACUCUUCAGAGAUUCUGGCUCCAGGGGGGAGAAGAUAGCAGCACGCGUAGCGCGCGAAAGCUCAAGUUUCUCGUCGUGUUCCGAGAUUGUCUGCGCGACUCGCUUCUCUAACGCUCUCUCUGCUUCUACCAGCGAUUUAGAAAUAUCCUCUUCGAUUUGGGAGUGUGUGGUGUUGAUGGAGUCUUUCAGGAGAGCGUCAUUAGCAGCCAGGAUCAUGUGGACAAAACAAAUUCAUAGCUAGACGCACCAACGAAGUCAUGGAGGAGACGCUGUCCGUCUGAACCAGAGGUACCACUGCUGAUAGUCAUUGAUGAGUCUGCGCCUUUCAGGUUGCGACGUCCGAACUGGAUCGAUGUGAACCGUUUCGGGCCCUUUGAGACUUUGGAACCACUUGACUUCUGUGGAGGAGGAUACUUCCGGCUUCUCAUGUUGUAAUAGGCGGCAGGUUUACGGACAGAAGCAUCUUUCUGUGCAACUUUUCGCCCAAAAAUGCCACGGAUAGACACUACUUGUUUUCCACGAGUACGUGACAUCUUUUCUGAGCCUUCAGUGGGAAUGGGCCAAGUGAAAACAGGGUAAAGGAUCCACAGGUGACAGACCCCUUUCUUCCUCUAGCUACUCCCAGAGAGCAAUGUAUUGUGAGUAGGAUAGGAGAUAGAAACUGUGAAAGGAAAGGAAAGAAAAGGAGCAGUAAGUCUAGGGUUGAAGAAGCGAGUUGGGUUCAUUAGAUGAAUGUAAAGUAGCCCAAGCGCCGUGGUGGAGGUUACCUCAGCUUGGGGCUCUUGGGAAAGUAGUGGUAUCAAAACCAACACCACAAUGCAGACAAACCCAAACAUUGCUAGAGAGGAAUACGUGUACCCUUCAAGGAAACCAAUACAUAGGUAUAUAGGCAUAUUUCCCUCUCUAAUCUGCUAACUGUGCACUGUAUAUCUAAAUAUGUACAGCGCAUAUCGAGACAAUAAACCCAGGCAUCAAUUAUUGCCAAUAGGAAGAAGGGGGAAUCGCAUCAAGUAGAGAAAUCUGACAGUUUAGCUAAACACAAAAUAGAAAGAAUUUAUAGUACAAAAG